GACGGCGGUGGUAUCAGAGGCAUCUCAGAGCUAGUAAUCCUGGAGGAAAUCAUGCAUCGUGUAGGUCGGUCUCAGAAUCUGCCAACACUUCUGCCAGCAGACUACUUUGACGUAAUUUGCGGUACAAGUACUGGUGGGCUUAUUGCUCUACUUCUCGGUCGCCUCCGUUUAUCCGUUCCCGAAGCUAUCGACAAGUACCGACUCUUGGCCAAACAAGUCUUCUCGGACAAGAAAUCUCGAGGAAAGGAUGGGUGCUUUAAAGCCUCGAGUUUAGAAAAGGCUAUCAAAGACGCUGUCGAAGAAAAGUUGGGCAAAGGUCAUGCAGAUGACAGGAUGUUUGUAUCCAAUAGAUCGACAUGCAAGACAUUCGUUUGCGCAGUCCCAGCGAAGCACAUCAACAAGCAACCGAGAUUGUUCCGGACAUGGUCGGCAGAUAAAAAUCCGGGUUAUAACUGUACUAUCUGGGAAGCCGCACGCGCGACAUCAGCCGCUCCUAGAUUCUUCAAGCGUAUUUACAUUGGAGAUCCAGGUCUACAAGAGGAGUUCAUCGAUGCAGGAAUGGGAUGCAACAAUCCUGCGCGGUAUCUUGUCGAAGAAGCGGGAAAAGAAUUUGGUCCCGAGAGAACGGUUAGUUGUAUUGUCAGUAUUGGGACAGGAAAGCCAAAGGUUGCUGGGUUUAAAGCCCCGGGCCUCUUUCAAAGAGUACUACCGUCGGAGCUCAUCAAGGUUUUAGCGGAUAUGGCUACCGACACCGAGGUUGAAGCGUCGGCAAUGGAAGCUCGAUUCCAAAACUGCCCUGGCCUCUACUACCGGCUGAAUGUAGAGAGAGGACUUGAGGAGGUCUCUCUCGAGGAAUGGGAAAAGCUUGGAGAUGUCAAACAACACACCAUGGCAUAUUUGAAUGACAACGCAGUCAGCAAAAGGUUAGAUGUGAUUGUAGAUGCAUUAGUAGGGAAGUCCCAGCAGGUGUACCCUCUAGGCCAGUUAGGUAUAUAG